AUGUCGCUCCAGUCUGUCACCAGCUUGCUCAGUGAAUCUCCCAACCCUGGACUCAUGAGCGAAACCGACACCCAGCUCUCCUACUCGGACGCGGACGCGUUUGACCACACUCGUCUGCGCACGCCACCACCGGACGAGGAUGUCGAGGCUGGAUACGAGAUCCUCAUAGAGGGCGGCAAUGCCGUCUUCCCGUCCAAGCUCGACUCGUUCACCCAGGUCAAGGCCAUCAGUCGCUCAGACGUGGCCACCGACCCCAUCCUCAACCGCUUUGCAAAAGUCCAGCUGCCACCAAGACCUCCGCUCCCCAACCCGAUCUUUCGUCAGUCGCUGCCAGCGUCGUCAGCAGCACAUGGUCCUUUCGACCCAACGACCACGUCGCCGUCGUCCAAGUUCAAGGCCCGCCCUGCACCUGAAACGACCUACAUCGAUGGCUUAGGUCCCCGCCUCACAAAGUCGGCCGCCCUCCGCCAAGGUCUCCAAUGGCAAGACCCAAGAGACAUGCGCAAAGUAUCUGGCGAGGACGUCCCAGUUGAUUUCACCGACGUGCCAGGACACAAGCGCACUGGCCUUGGUCUGAGUGUCGCGUCGCUCGCCGAGCCGACGCUGCAGCCAAGACAGAACCGCGCAGCAAUGCUACGCGCCGGUCAAGUUCCCGGUGAUGCCUUCAGCCCAUCAAUUUCGCGCGCAGAGAUCGCCGCGCGUAACAAGGCGCGUGAGGCCGCUGAGCGCGCGGAAAAGCGCCGCAGCGUUCAGCUUCCCGCAAGCCUCGUGUCGCCACCUGAGCUCGCUCCUCGUCCGAACCGCGCCUCCCAGCUGAGGCUGGGGCAGGCACCCACCGCCUCCCCCUACCGUGACCCCAAGCAAGUGGCGGAACAGGCGGUGAGGAACAAGGCGCGCGAUGCUGCCGAGCGCGCAGAAAAGAUCAAGAGCGUGCAGCUGCCUACGAGCCUCACCAGCAACCCGGUUAUCGCUCCCCGCGCCAACCGUGCUUCGAUGCUACGCACAGGCACAGGCGAUGCGGCCCCUCCUCCUAUCCCUCGCAGAUCGCAUCUGAGACCCGUCUCGGUUGCGCUGCCGUCCAAGAGAAUCAGCGUGCUCGAGACGACGCCCGUGCCACCGAUUCCCAGCGUUGAAACCGCCGAGGCCAAGGCCGUUGUCAAGCAGACCUCGGCACCGUCGCUGAUUCCUCAGCCCGUUGUGGUCAAGUCCACAACGGUCGAGAAGUCGACCCCGGUUGAGAAGCCGGCACCGGUCGAGAAGGCCGCACCGAUCGAGAAGCCGAAGCCGGCGGCGGAAUCACCCAAGCCGAAGCCUGUUGCACAAUCGCCAAAGUUCAUCGAGCGGCCCGAGCCUGUGGAUGUGCCGAGGGCGGUAAAGCAUGUGGAGACACCGAUGGUGGCGAACCCCUCCGUGCCCUGGGCUGCGGCGAGGACUCCGAAUGGCAGUCCCAGUCUCACCCAGUCUUCCAAGAUGUCGCCGAUCCUUCGCACUCCUGCUACGCCCGGCCGCGACAGAAGCCUGCCUGCCACGCCCCCGGCGCCCAGCAGCCCGUCGUCGAGCAUCAGCAUUCCAAUCAUGUCCGGGGCGCGACCGGCGCCACCUUCGGCCCUCACGCCGCUCACGGUCGACCUUGCCACGGACGCAACGCCGAGCAAGCUGCCGUCGUCUAAUACGCCAUGGGGCUCGCAGCGCACGCCAUCCCGUAGUGCGCUGCGUGUGAUCAAGGAGAACUCGCCUGAUCUUCCCACUGGUCAGGAGGUUGACCAGAACGACAAGACGAAGAAGUCUCCACACCGAUCGCCUGGCGGAGGGAUUGCCGCGCUCGGCGCCCCAAAGAUCCAGCCUCGUGCCAACCGCGCGUCGAUGCUGCGCGAGAACCCAGCCUCUGUUCGAUCUGCCUCCCCAUCGUCGCUGAGGAGUGCGCGCAGCGCCAAGAGCGCGAAGAGCAGCAAGAGCGCCAGGAGCGUCAAGAGCGGCAAGAGCGGCAAGAGUGGCAAGAGUGGCCGAAGCGCCAAGACGGCGAGCACGAGGUCACGUCGCAGCAACGGCGCGCCCGUGCGCCAACGCUACGGACCUCCAACGCCAACAUCCAAGUUUACGCGCCCGCGCCCUGCACCCGUCAUUCCCAGAGACGUCCGCCCCGCGUCAAUGCUCUUCCCUCCUGACGCGGACGGACCGAUCGGCCGCCCCAUGUCCAUGCUCAUUGGCGAUAUGCCGCCCGUCACCAACAUGCGCCCACAGACCAUGAUGAUGACGGUGAAUGAGACGAUGCCACCACCACGCCGCUCGUCGAUGAGGCGCCCAGUGACCAUCCUGUCGACGACGAUGCCACGCCCGAGCAGCCGGUCACCUCCACCGCUCUCUCCCCCGCCGCGCAUCUCGCCUCUCCCCGGCAUCCUGCUGCCCACCCGCUCCCCUCCGCCACCCCCUCACGUCAUCUCGCUCCCCACGAACCGUUCCCCUCCCCUGCAUUCCUCGCCAGGACUCGCCCCAUCGCCGCUGCUCCCCCCUGUCAAGAUACCCCAGCCUACGACCCCGCCUCCAGUGCCCGAGAAGGACACUCCCAAGUCGAGCCCCGGUAGCAGACUGCUCUCCAAGUUCCUCCGCCCCGGCCACAAACAGUCCAAGUCGAAGCUCAAGGCUGGCAAGGUGUAA